GAUAACCUAGCUAGCCUCCAUUUUCUCCACUCGACCACUCCACAGCGCCAAAACUCCUCCUCCCACCCUCCUCUCUGCAUCUGACUCGCUGGACAGCACUGUCACAGCGGCCCUUCCGCAUCACGCUCUCUCUUCUCGGCGCGGUCCUUUCUCUCCCUCCCUUCCUCGUCGCGGUCCUUUCUCUCCCUCCCUUCCUCGUCGUGCUUCCUUCUCAUCGUCGCACACUAACCCUCAGUCAGAGAGCGAGCCCAGACCCCAGAGCCCCCCUCCCUUUCCCCUACACAGCACCGUCUCUGAUAUUGCAGCGGUGUCUUCGACAUCACAGGUUGCUGAUUGCAGCGUCAUAAUCGUCCUCCACUACUCUGCCAUACGUCUCAGUCCAGUCCAGGAGUGUCGUCGUCCUUCUCAGUCUAGUCUCGUCCCCUCCGUAGCAGCCGCCGACCCACCGUGUCUCACUGUCCAGCAUCUCCGUCUUCUGUAGAGCUUUAAAUCUUAAGAACAUGGAUGGACCUAAAGAAAGCCCAAUUGAGAAGAGGCCCACGGAAAAGGAACCUAUACAAGCACCUCACGAACCCUAAAACUCUUAUCCUGCCACAGGCCCACAGCCAAAAAGCCUAGUUUCAGUGUUUGUCCAAUGGCGGCAGCAGCAGCUCGUCCCAUCGUCACCGUUCAAGCCCUUGAGGGCGACAUGGCCACCGGCUCCGCCCCAACCGUACCACUUCCUGACGUCAUGAAGGCCUCCAUCCGCCCCGAUAUCGUAACCUUCGUCCACGACAACAUCUCUAAGAACUCUCGCCAGCCCUACGCCGUCUCCCGUCGUGCCGGUCACCAGACCUCGGCCGAGUCCUGGGGAACUGGCCGUGCAGUCUCCCGUAUCCCUCGUGUUCCCGGAGGUGGUACUCACCGUGCCGGCCAGGGAGCCUUCGGAAACAUGUGCCGUGGCGGCCGCAUGUUCGCACCUACCAAGAUCUGGCGCCGCUGGCACCGCAAGAUCAACGUGAACCAGAAGAGGUUCGCCGUCGUGUCCGCCAUCUCCGCCUCCGCGGUUCCCUCCCUGGUCCUUGCCCGCGGUCACCGGAUCGAGUCCGUACCUGAGCUCCCUCUCGUCGUCAGCGACACCGUUGAAGGCGUCGAGAAAUCGAAGGAGGCCGUCAAGGUUUUGAAGCAGAUCGGAGCGUUUCCCGACGCGGAGAAAGCCAAGGACAGCCACGGUAUCCGCCCUGGGAAGGGGAAGAUGAGGAACCGCCGCUACAUUUCCCGCAAGGGACCUCUGAUCGUGUACGGAACCGAAGGCGCGAAGGCCGUUAAGGCUUUCAGGAACAUUACCGGCGUGGAGGUCGCAAAUGUGGAGAGGCUGAACCUUCUGAAGCUCGCUCCCGGUGGCCACAUCGGGAGGUUCGUGAUUUGGACCAAGUCAGCGUUCGAGAAACUCGAUUCGAUCUAUGGAACCUUCGAGAAGGCAUCGGAGAAGAAGAAGGGUUACGUUCUUCCAAGGUCAAAGAUGGUGAAUGCUGACCUGGCUAGGAUUAUUAACUCUGAUGAGGUUCAGUCUGUUGUGAGGCCCAUUAAGAAGGAGGUUAAGAGGGCCACUCUCAAGAAGAACCCUCUCAAGAACUUGAAUGUGAUGCUGAGGUUGAAUCCUUAUGCUAAGGCUGCUAAGAGAAUGGCCCUUCUCGCUGAGGCACAGCGUGUUAAGGCUAAGAAGGAGAAGCUCGACAAGAAGCGAAGCACUGUUUCCUCCAAGGAGGAUGCAUCUGCUAUCAGAGCUGCUGGAAAGGCUUGGUACCAAACCAUGGUUUCUGACUCUGAUUAUGCCGAAUUUGACAACUUCUCCAAGUGGUUGGGAGUUUCACAGUGAACUUCAUCGAGUCCUAUUUAGAUUUUUCAUUUUAGGAUUGUAUUUCUUUGCAGUUUUGAUAAAUCAAUUAUAUUGUUGGAGAACUUGCAGACUUUUAGCUGUAUUAAAAAAUUGUAAUUUGGUAGAUUUGGUUUCCUAACAAUUUAUAUA